AGCAGAUCAAAUUCAGAGCGCUGCUGGAGCAGUCAGAAAAAGUUGAUUCGUGGAUAGCCGCGUAGUUCGAAGCAAAAUCAAAUCACUCGUGAACGGGUGCAAAAACAAGCACGUCUAUCAAUAAUCGGUCUACUGUGUUUACGAAUUUAUAGCAAGCAGAUAGACGGGGCAAAUUGCAGCCAAGGAAAACGUCCGCGAGAGUGAUAAUUUUAGAGGAGCUUCUCCGUAAAGUUAAAACCGAUUGGUGAACCGAAACAACACGCCUCUGCCUUCUGGCUAUUUUCGGACUGCGAGUGCAAAGUGCCGUAUCUUUCACUUGACGUUGUCUGCCCGGAAAAACGUGGGAUUCCACUAGUAGUGAAUAAAAAAGAAAACACGAAGAAAAACUCGCCGCUAGCUGCGUCUGUGUCAGUGAAAUUUACUUAAAAAAUACACUUGGAUUUCUGUCGGUUCAUUUAGCGAAAUAAUAUCUUGUUAAUGUGCUAGGAAGUUUUUCCGAAUGAAGAUGUCCAGGUUUAUGCUAGCAAAAAGAUGUGUUGAAGCAGUAGCGGCCUUCGGUGGUUCUAGCUGCGGAAGUAGAACGGCCCUGAUUGCACAAUACACUCGAUCACUGUCGACUCAAGCUGGAAAAGUGCAUCAGACGACUGGAGGGGUCGACCAGCAUCCAGUGGAUCCGGAAGCGGUUCACGCCGACCUUCAUCAACGAUUGACAAAAUUGUUCGAGGAGGAAUCUAAACGGGAAUUGAUUGUUCCACCAUUCAAACGGGCUCUGGUUUACGGCGAAAAAUCGGCCGUACGGGACCACACCGGCGACUAUAGUUUUAUCCAGAUCUACGAGGCUGUCAAGCGAUUGGCUUUGCAAAUUUCCAACUGCUGUGGAAGUGCCUCGCAGUCUCGAGUGGCAUUUAUCUGUCCCAACAACGCAACCUACAUCAUCAGUCAAUGGGCAUGCUGGUUCUCCGGACAAAUUGCUGUCCCCUUGAAUCCAAAAUAUCCCCAAGACCUGCUAGAAUACUACAUUAAGGAUUCCGAUGCAUCACUGCUAAUUGCGACACCAGAGUUCCAAAACAUCGCCCAACCUCUGGCUACGAAGUUGGACAAAAAACUACUUCUCGUACAUCACGAUCUACUGAAGACCGAAAACAAGCAGCCGCAGGAAGAGGAAGCAUGCUCCUAUCUUGAUCCAAAACGUGAAAAUUUGCUACAACUGAACGAGAGCCUGGUGGUAGAGGGGUGCCUAAAUGGAGAGUUUUAUCGCGAUGCCAACGCCUUAAUCUUGUACACCUCCGGAACUACCGGUAAACCGAAGGGUGUUGUGUUAAGCUUUGCUAAUUUGGAUGCUCAGUUUAGUGCACUGUCCCAUGCUUGGCAGGUCAAAGGGAACGACUCAGUUCUUCAUGCUCUUCCGCUCAAUCACGUUCAUGGAACAAUCAACGCGUUGAAUCUGCCGCUGACCCUGGGGGCCAAGUGUGUCAUGUUGCCCAAAUUCGAUAGCAGCAGUGUUUGGAGUUAUCUGUUGAACGUCAACAUGACCAGUAAGGAAAGAGUAAACAUUUUCAUGGGAGUUCCUACUAUGUACGGGCUGCUGAUCAAGGAAUACGACAAUGUAUUCGGAAAUAAUGCACGAAUGAGUGACUACGUGAAGACACAUUGCAAAAACAAGAUCAAAUUGAUGAUUUCCGGAUCGGCUCCAUUGCCCGGUACGAUCUUCAAAAGAUGGUUCGAAAUCAGCGGUCAUAAUUUGCUGGAACGAUACGGAAUGACAGAAAUUGGUAUGGCCAUCUCAAAUCCUUGCAUUCAAGAUAAAACUCGGGUGCGCAAACAAGGCUGCGUUGGAAUGCCUAUGCCCGGAGUUAGCGUGAAAAUUGUAGACAAAGAGAAUAACAAGGAACUGACUCUUGAAGGAAAACCAAACGAAGGAUAUUGGAAUCCUGCUCCAGAUGCCAACGUUGUGGGCUCCGCCGGGGCUGAAAAAAUUACCGGAAAUGUUUACAUCAAAGGCCGGUCUGUCUUCCAAGAAUACUGGCAAAAGCCCGAGGAAACCAAAUCAGAAUUUGAAAAUGGAUGGUUCAGAACCGGUGAUACGGCUGAAUACAGCGAUGGAAGUAUCAAGAUUCUCGGAAGAACCUCUGUCGAUAUUAUCAAAUCAGGUGGCUUUAAACUGUCCGCUUUAGAAAUUGAAACUGCCCUCCAUGAACAUCCAGACAUUACGGAUGUUGCUGUGAUUGGAUUGCCGGACGAAACCUGGGGCUCGAAGGUGGUUGCCGUGCUCAGUGUCAAAGAUCCCGAAACGUUUAGCAUUCCUCGGUUGCUAGUGUGGCUCGAACAGAAGCUACCGAAGCAAGCAAUUCCCAAAGAAGUAAAACUAAUCUCCGAAGUUCCACGGAACGCAAUGGGUAAGAUCAACAAGAAAGACUUGGGCGAGAAACUGUUCGGUGAAGAACAACAGAAGCAGGCAAAAGUCGUGGAGUAAGUUGGGCGGUCCAGUUACGUAUCUGUGUGUUCCAUUAUUGCUUAGUUAUGUACGUGUUAUGCUAUACGACAUUUAUCUUAAACUUCGCAACUUAAAGCGAGGAAUGCGAGAUGAUAAAAUCAUGAAAUACUAGUCAACGAUGUCAGACUGGAUUUUGAGAAGGACUAGAUUAGUUGUAUGUCAAGAUUAUUAUAGACUUAUUCUUUUCAAGUUAAUACUUGUGCACAUUUAACAUACAUUACAGAUAAACUCCAUAUCUUACGAUGACAAAGCUUUUUCAUACUUAAAGCUUACACAAUUCGAUGUUAGCGAAAAAGCUACGAUUAAUAAAAUUUGAAACAUUCACAGACAACAUUGUUGAAGUACUGAUA